UUGCAAUCGGUGGUUGCGAGUGGGUCCACACGGGAACAGCACGUGGGAGUAACCAGAUUCUUAUUUUCACUCUUAGUCAUUAUUGGCGACAUCAUCAGAGAGGUUGAUAGAUACAUCAUACACGGACGGACGAGUUGAUAGCAGAUGGUGGUUGGAAACAACGAAGCGCUAUGCAGCCACAUAAAAUCAGAGAAAUGAAAGAGGUGUUUCCAACGGCCGUUGAGUCGAGUCUGGUCUGAGCUGUGUUGUGGCGUCGCUCAAACCUUGCCGUGUCUCUGCUGGGAUGGGCUCAAUUUCGAGCGAUCAUGGCUGGCGCUUCCCUGCUAGCGGUCCCAUCCAUCAGCACCAUAAAUUUGGUCUCCCCACAGUUACAGUGACCUUCAAAGAUGCUCGAUGUUGCAUCAACAGCUACCUGACUGUCAACUCUUGGAAGACUGAGAGAUGCUCGAGGUGGUCCCUUGGGACCCUUCGCAGCCAACCAACCAACAAACGAUUCAGCCUAGUCCUUCAAUGCCCACCAAGAGCCCACAGCAAUAUGGGGUUUGCUUUCAUUGACUUUGGUAUCGGCGCAUGCGGAGAAGGGUCCAUGUACUGACUUCCCAUGCAUUUCCCAAGGCCGAAUGUCACACUGCGUAGGACAUUGCAGAACGCCCUCUCGACGUGGACGCCUCUGUCCUGGACCUUAACUCGUAUUAUUCAUGGCUGGGGUUGCAUGGGAAAAUGCGACUAGGCCUGUGGAUUUCCAAGGACUUGAUUCUUUCAUUCCUUUGUUUUUUUACGUUCUUGAUAAAGUAGCCUAGUAGCUCCAGAAGUCGAUCAAUCAGCCCCAGCAGCUAUAUAAGGUGCACUGCUUCCCCCUCCCAACGAGGAAAAUAAAAUCAUCAGCAAGGGAAACCGACCCUCAGUCUCUCCUUCAACUGACCGACAUUCUUUUAACCCACCGAACAUGCACCUCCAGGGGUUGCUACAGGCUGCGGCCACAGCGAUAUGCUUUGCAGGUGUUGCAGUGGAAGCUGUUAAAGUCAACCCACUCCCAGCUCCCGUUGAAAUCACCUGGGGAACUUCCGGCCCGAUCCAAAUCAGCGAGAAAUUUGAGAUAAGAGGGAGCAGGAACGAGAUUGUGACGGAUGCCUUCAAGCGCGCAAAAGAGACCAUCAAAACCAUCAGAUGGACCCCCGCCACAGUCGAAAAACCAAUUCCAAUAUUCGACCCAUUCCCGACCAACGCAAAGGCACGACGUGACUCGGAUGAUGAUGAUGAUGACCCAGAAAAGGGUAUUAGAGUUGUCAUGGUUAAAGUCAAAAACGAGAAGGCCGAGUUACAGCAUGGCGUCGAUGAAUCUUACACUCUGGAUAUCAAGGAAAGAGCCAAGUCUAUCGAAAUCACCGCGAAUACGAUUUACGGUGCCUUGCAUGCCUUUACUACACUCCAGCAGAUCGUCAUCGCUGACGGCAAACGGCUGAUCGUGGAGCAGCCAGUCUCCAUCAAGGACAAGCCUCUGUACCCGUAUCGUGGUAUCAUGAUUGACAGUGCCCGCAACUUCAUCAGCCUUCAUAAAAUCAAAGAACAACUCAACGGAAUGGCGUUGGCGAAGCUCAACGUUCUCCAUUGGCACUUGACUGACUCUCAGUCCUGGCCAGUUCAGAUUAACCGCUACCCACAAAUGAUCAAGGGCGCCUACUCCCCUCGCGAAAUAUACACGCCACAGGACAUCCGCAAUAUUGUCCAAUACGCCAAGGCACGUGGAAUUCGUGUCCUCCCGGAAAUUGAUAUGCCAGGCCAUUCCGCAAAAGGCUGGGAAGACAUUGAUCCCAAGUUGAUCGCUUGCGCCAAUUCUUGGUGGUCCAAUGACGUUUGGCCAUUACACACUGCGGUCGAACCCAACCCAGGCCAACUUGAUAUCAUUUACCCCGAAACCUACAAGGUUGUUGAGAACGUCUACAAGGAAGUCAAGCAACUUUUCCCCGACAAUUUCUUCCACACUGGCGGUGAUGAAGUGCACCCCAACUGCUUCAACUUCAGCAGUAUUAUCCGGGAUUGGUUUGCUGAGGACCCCAACCGUGAUUUCAACGACCUCCUUCAGGUUUGGGUUGAUAAAGCCUAUCCUAUCUUCAAGGACCGCCCAUCUCGUCGUCUCAUCAUGUGGGAAGACGUCCUUCUCGGUGGAAUGCAUGCCCGCGAAGUCCCCAAGGACGUGAUCAUGCAAUCCUGGAACCUGGGCCCUGACAACAUCAAGAAACUCACCUCGCAAGGCUACGACGUCAUUGUAUCUUCCGCCGAUUUCCUCUACCUUGACUGCGGUUUCGGCGGCUGGGUCGGCAAUGACCCCCGAUACAACGUCAUGAUCAACCCAGACCCAACCAAGCCAAACUACAACUACCUUGGACCUGGCGGCUCCUGGUGCGCCCCUUAUAAGACCUGGCAGCGUAUCUAUGACUACGACUUCACAUACAACCUCACCGACGCUGAGAAGAAACACGUCAUUGGCGCUGCGGCACCUCUGUGGUCUGAGCAGGUUGACGACGCUGUCAUUUCGACGAAGUUCUGGCCUCGUGCCGCUGCUCUGGGCGAGCUGGUCUGGUCCGGCAACCGCAACAGCGAGGGGAAGAAGCGCACGACCGAGAUGACAAGCCGUAUCCUCAACUUCAGAGAGUACUUGUUGGCCAAUAACAUCCAGGCCUCUCCUCUGCAACCCAAGUACUGCCUGCAGAACCCCCAUGCUUGCGACUUGUUCUACGAUCAAGAUGUCAUUGUGUAAGCGGCUGGGCGUUUCAGCGGGUACAAUCAAUGAUGGUGAUGUUCUGGGUUCUUCAUUUCUUUUCAUGGACAUAUUUACAUCAUCUCACUCCUUGUACUUGCCUGCAUAUUUCAUUUCCUUUCUUUCUGACACACAUGCAGAUGUCAUGCUCCUUUGACUUCCCUUAAUUACUGCUAUGUAGUUCAUUGUGUACUUAAAUCUUACUUUUGUUUGCUCGCUUCAUCCUAGGGCAGUGUGGGGCCUGCAGCAAGUAAUCUUUUGAAUUGAAAUCAUCUUUUUAAUUAAAUCAAAAUCCAGUGGAAGAGUUUAACCUCUACUUUCUAUGGCUCUAACAAAG